AUGAAUAAAAAUUGUUCGUCAAGUGAUUCAAUUUCAAUGGAUACUUCAUCAUCAACUGUUAUGCCACAAUCAGAAAAUAGUGAUGCAUCUUUGACAAAUAAAAAUAUAAAACGUAAAAGUAUUAAAGAUGAAUCAUCUGGAGCAAAUAAACGUUCAAAAUUAAUUGAUAUGGUUUUUUAUGAUGGAAAUCGUCAUCCAGCUGCUGUUUUACAUGAACUUCGCCCUGAAAUCUCUAACAAUUGA